AUGUCGAAGCUCUUCAUACCUUCAUUUCCCAAAACUUGUUUGAAUUACCAAAUUCCAGCAAAGGUUGAGAAUUCGCCUGAGGUUCAUCCAAAAUCCAGAAAGAAAAACCUCUCUUUCAUCAAGAAGAAAGAGCCCAUUAUCAUCCCCGACGAGGAACUGUACUACUUGUGUAGAAACGGAAGUCUGCUCGAAGCUGAGAAAGCUAUAGACUCGAUAUUCCAACAAGGAUCCAAGGUAAAACGAAGCACUUACCUCAACUUGCUAGAAUCAUGCAUCGAUUCCGGCUCAAUCCAUUUGGGUCGCAUCCUCCAUGCUCGGUUCGGUUUGUUUCCCGAACCGGACGUCUUCCUGGAGACGAAGCUGUUGAGCAUGUAUGCGAAAUGCGGGGGUUUAGUUGACGCCCGUAAGGUGUUCGAUUCAAUGCGUGAGAGAAACCUCUACACGUGGUCCGCAAUGAUUGGUGCUUACUCGAGAGAGCUUCGGUGGAAAGAAGUCUCCAAGCUCUUUCGUCUGAUGAUGGAAGACGGAGUUUUGCCUGACGAUUUCUUGUUCCCCAAGAUAUUGCAGGGAUGUGCGAAUUGCGGUGAUGUUGAGACUGGGAAGUUGAUUCACUCGGUGGUGAUAAAACUCGGCAUGACGUCGUGUCUUCGUGUUAGCAACUCGAUUUUAGCUGUGUAUGCGAAAUGCGGUGAAUUGAGUUUAGCUACGAAGUUUUUCAGACGCAUGAAGGAGAGAGAUGUGGUUGCUUGGAACUCUGUACUGUUAGCUUACUGCCAAAACGGUAAACAUGAAGAAGCUGUAGGAUUGGUGGAGGAGAUGGAGAAAGAAGGGAUUGCUCCAGGGUUAGUUACUUGGAACAUACUGAUUGGUGGUUAUAACCAGCUUGGGAAAUGCGAAGCUGCAUUGGAUUUGAUGCAGAAGAUGGAGAGUUUUGGUGUAACUGCUGAUGUGUUUACAUGGACAGCGAUGAUCUCGGGGUUGAUUCAUAACGGGAAGAGAUAUCAGGCUUUGGAUACGUUUAAGAAGAUGUUUUUAGCUGGUGUUGCGCCGAAUGGAGUCACUAUUAUGAGUGCUGUCUCUGCUUGCUCUUGUUUGAAAGUUUUGAACUUGGGAUCAGAAGUUCACUCUAUCGCUGUGAAGAUGUGUUUUAUGGAGGAUUUGCUUGUGGGAAACUCUCUGGUUGAUAUGUAUUCUAAGUGUGGGAAACUUGAAGAUGCAAGGAAGGUUUUUGAUUCGAUGAAAAUUAAGGAUGUGUAUACUUGGAACUCGAUGAUCACAGGGUAUUGCCAAGCGGAAUAUUGUGGGAAGGCUUAUGAGUUGUUUAUAAGGAUGCAAGAGGAAAAUGUGAAACCAAAUAUCAUCACAUGGAACACGAUGAUCUCUGGAUAUAUUAGGAAUGGAGACGAAGGUGAGGCUAUGGAUCUGUUUCAGAGGAUAGAGAAAGAUGGGAAAGUUCAGAGGAAUACUGCAUCGUGGAACCUGAUUAUUGCGGGUUACAUACAAAACGGAAAGAAAGACGAAGCCUUGGAACUUUUCCGGAAAAUGCAGGCUUCUCGCUUCACUCCAAAUUCAGUUACCAUUCUAAGUCUCUUACCUGCUUGUGCCAAUCUUCUUGGGAGCAAAAUGGUAAGAGAGAUACAUGGUUGUGUAUUGCGGAGAAAGCUAGAUGCUGUUCAUGCUGUUAAAAACGCUUUGACAGAUACUUAUGCUAAGUCAGGGGAUAUAGAAUACGCAAGAACCAUCUUCAAGGGUAUGGAAACGAAAGACAUCAUAACUUGGAACUCGCUGAUUGGAGGUUAUGUUUAUCAUGGUAGCUAUGGUCCAGCUCUUGAUCUUUUUGAACAGAUGAAGACACUGGGGAUUAAGCCAAAUAGGGGAACACUUGCGAGUAUUAUCCUUGCACAUGGUCUAAUGGGAAAUGUAGACGAAGGAAAGAAAGUCUUCUCCAGCAUAGCGGAUGUUUACCAUAUCAUUCCUGCUCUGGAACAUUGUUCUGCUAUGGUUACUUUGUACGGACAUUGUUCUGCUAUGGUUACUUUGUACGGACGAUCAAACAGACCUGAAGAAGCUUUGCAGUUUAUCCAGGAGAUGAAUGUUCAAUCAGAGACUCCCAUCUGGGAAAGCUUCUUAACUGGCUGCAGGAUUCAUGGUGAUAUUGACUUGGCAAUCCAUGCAGCAGAGCACUUGUUCUCCUUGGAACCUGACAACCCGAGCAUUGAAAAUAUGGUAUCGAUGAUCUAUGCAUUAGGUGCAAAACUUGGGAGAUCUUUAGAAGGAAAGAAGCCGAGGAAAGAGAACUUGCUGAAGAAACCUCUUGGGCAGAGCUGCAUUGAAGUCAGGAAUUCAAUUUUCACAUUCACCACAGGUGAUCAGUCGAAGUUAUGCACUGAUGUACUGUAUCCCUGGGUGGAGAAAAUGUGUAGACUGGAUGAUAGAAGUGACCAAUAUAACGGAGAACUUUGGAUUGAGGAAGAAGGAAGGGAAGCAACUUGUGGAAUCCACAGCGAAAAGUUUGCCAUGGCUUUUGGUCUAAUAUCCUCAUCGGGUGGGUCUAAGACGAUAAGAAUCUUGAAAAAUCUCAGGAUGUGCCGCGAUUGCCAUGAUACCGCAAAGUACACCUCUAAGAGAUAUGGCUUUGACAUACUGUUGGAGGACACAAGAUGCUUGCACCACUUUAAGAAUGGAGAUUGUUCCUGUAAAGAUUAUUGGUAA